AUGAUUGUAGCAGAAGCUUGGAAAGCGAAUUACCUGUACUGGUUACUGCCAGCUAUACUUUUACUUGGUCUCGUGGCAUUCUUUGGACUGAUAGCGGCAUUCUUCGCAAUUCGUUUAUACGCUAAGUUUACUUGUGGAAGAUAUCGAGAGAGCACCAGAAUGGAUGGAAAGACGGUAAUAGUGACUGGAUGUACCAGCGGAAUAGGAAAAGAAACGGCUAAAAAUUUGGCGAAGAGGGGCGCAAAAGUUAUUAUGGCCUGUCGCAGUUUAGAUAAGGCUGAGCAAGUCAAAGAUGAAAUAUUACAGGCGACGAAAGACGCGACCGUUUUGAUUAAGAAACUGGACCUCAGCUCAUUUGCGUCAAUACGAUCCUUCGCUGAAGACAUAAAUAAAACCGAGAAACACUUGGACGUAUUAAUACACAACGCGGGUUACGCUGAGACAUUCAAGAAGAACAAAUCCGAAGACGGUAUAGAAUUGACAAUGGCUACAAAUCAUUACGGACCAUUCCUAUUGACCCAUCUUCUGGUAGAUUUACUAAAGAAAAGCGCGCCAUCAAGAGUGGUCGUAGUGGCGUCCUCAUUAUACAGAUUGGCAUCCGUCAAUUUGGACAACCCUAAUCCAUUAACAACUAUGCCAGGAUACCUAUAUUACGUGUCAAAGGAAGCAAAUAUUCUUUUCACCAGAGAAUUGGCAAGAAGAUUAGAAGGUACUGGCGUAACAGUUAACUGUUUACACCCGGGUUUGAUCGAUAGCGGUAUUUGGAGGAAUGUGCCGGCGCCAUUAAGUUGGGGUUUGUGGUUAAUUAAUAAAUCAUUCUUCAAAACGCCAGUACAGGGUUGUCAAACGUCUGUUAUGUUGGCGGUUGACGAAAACCUAUCAAAGGUCACUGGCAAAUAUUUCUCAGAUUGCCAAGAAAGUUCUAUUUCCACUUCUGCCAGCGACAUGAGUAGGGCCAGAAAAUUGUGGGAGAUUUCCGAGAAAAUGGUUAAACUAGAGGAAAAUGAUCCUAGAAUCUAG